UGGCAAAUAUUUAAUAAAAUACAUUAAAUAGCAUAUUAAAUAUUUUAAAAUGAUAAAAAUCAACACUUUUCAAUGGGCCGAAUAUUCCCAAAUCCAUGUUUAACGCACAGCAGACUUCCGAGCUUAACCGAGACUUGGGGUUGGUGACAUGCCUCCAAAGUUUAAAUUCGUCUUGUUCCUCUUGACGUUUUAUUUCCCUCUUCAUUUCUCUCGAGCGCGCGCGCGCGUUAGGGCAAGAUAAUCCCAAUCGUAAUCUCUGAGAUCGCAAUGAAAUUAGUCGAUCGCUCUUAGAGCAGAAUUCACAGAUUUAUCUUGCCUACAGCUGCAAUUUUAUCCGAUUGGCUCAGGGAGGGAAUAGUAAGGAUGGAUGGAACUGAACUACCACCCAAUCGCAAAGCUCAGAAGCUUUUUGAAGGAAAUAAUAUGGAGCCUACCUAUGACAGGAUCAGUAAUUUACCUGAUAGCAUUCUUCUUCACAUUCUUUCAUUUAUGUCAACCAAGGAGGCCAUAAGGACUUCCACUCUGUCAACAAGAUGGAGAGACUUAUGGGUUUUCCUGCCUAUCAUUGAUAUGGAUGAUGGCUUGAAGCCAGAGAGCGCUGAGGAUUCUAUGCUUGAAAAGCCUUGGGAAAGGAAUUUCAUGUCAAAAUACAGCUUCGUGGUGCUAGUUUCAAAGGCACUUUUAUAUCGUGACGCUUUAUGUCUGAGGAAAUUCUGCCUUGGGCUAAAUAUGAGUGUCAGUUUACGUGUGUUUAAAGGUUGGAUAUCUGCUGCAAUAGAUCACAAUGUUGAAGUGCUUGAUCUUAACCUCCGUGAAAAAACAGAAUAUGUUUUUCCCUCUAGUUUUUUUAUUUCUAAAUCACUAUGUACUCUGGCAAUAACUAUGUAUCAUACUCUCGUUGUUCCUUCGCGCAUCUGUUUCUCAAGCCUUAAGAAAUUGUAUCUUUCAGGUGUUGAAUUUCAGGAUAAUGAAUCAACCGAACUAUUUUUUUCUGGUUUUCCAGUCCUCCAACAGUUGGCUUUAUAUUGUUGUGAUUGGGAAAAUUUAACUACUGUCACCUUUAAAAUUCCUACCCUGGAGUCAUUUUAUUUUCAUGCUGAAACUACAGAGAAUGAUGUACUAGAUUGUACAAUCGAGCUUUAUGCUGAGAAUCUUAAAUAUCUGAAGUACACAGGUUAUUUCAUAGUUGAGCUUAUCCUAUGCAACAUAUCAUCAUUGGUCUAUGCAUCUAUUUCUCUAUACGAUGCAGUUGAACUUGAUUAUCAGAUGAAGACCGAGUUUGCAGCAGAUUUACUUGAUGCAAUUGGCAGUGUUAAAUUUCUUACAAUAUCAAUUGAAACCCUUAAGUAUCUGUUCCAUGAAGAUGAUUUUGUGAUUCUUCUACCUAUAUUUUAUAAUUUGAUUCAUUUGGAGAUGGGUGUAAACCCUGUCGGAGAAGAUGAUUAUUUUGCUGGUAAGGAGUUGACUUGCUUUCUCCAAAAUACCCCAAACCUACUGUCUCUUGACAUUCCAGUGGGCAUCAACGAAUUUAUUCUUGAGACAGUACCUGACUGUUUCAAGUCUUGCCUCAAGAGCGUGAGCAUCUCAGUUUUUGAAGCGAAUUUGCGAGAACUAGAUUUUCUAAAUCGAUUGUUUGCUAGUGCAACUGCUUUGGAGAAGGUAACCAUCCUUUUUUAUUCUAAGACAAUCUUUAAUUUGGAGAAGCAAGAGAAAAUCAAGCGAGACUUACAGAUUCUUCGAAGAAAAAUGGGACUGGAGAUGGUGAAAGUGAGUUUUGAAUAUAAGUUUUAAAAAAUCAAAUAUUUCUGUAAGUUUUUUCAUUUGUGCAUGGGAUCAAGAUGUAGAUUCGGUAUUGGUAAAUAUGGAGUACACCUGAAAUAUUUUAGCAGAACAUUUUGUAAAUAUAGAUUUAGAUGGUGUUCUGUGAUUUUUAUUGUUUUGGUAUAUGGGUGAUGAAAUGGCUGGCUAUUUGGGA